AUGCGUACUUCUUCUUUACUCUACCCGUGGUGGGCGUUGCCGUUGUUGCAGCCAUGUCGUUGCUCCAGGUCAACCCCACUUGAGCACAAGCCCCUACUUUCUUUCAACAGCGCAUGGCAGAUUCUUGGGCCAUUCCAAAUAGGCACGCGAGAGGCCACGUGGGGCGCAGAUCCUCUUGAAGUCGACGGUGGGUUCCGGGGCCUUGAUUAUGACCCAGCAGCGACGUUCAAGAGCUCUCUACCUGCCAAUGGUACCGCGUAUUGGAACAUCACGAUAGCAGACACCUCUAGUGGGACAGCUUCGGCCAAUGCCUCCCUGAGCGUCAGCUAUUCCAACGUCGAUUGGGACUUCCUCAAGACCGUCUAUGGUUGGGCAUCUGUCCAAUAUCAAGCCUGGGCGCGCGGUGAGCUGAUCGUCGGCGGCAAUGAAACUCAACACAUCAUCCUUUACACCGAUGCUCUAUUGGAGUACUGGAUCAACGACACACAUUAUUUCGGUGGUGAUUUCUAUACUUAUCGCAACGCUCCCCCUGUGUUGCAUCUCGGUCCUGGAAGUCACCGAAUCGACCUGCGGCUUGUUCGGGAUGUCAGAGCCUUUGGAGGUAUCCUUGAGCCAACCAUCGACGUUGUCGUAGGCGUCGAACAGGUCUCCGGAAGUCUGGAUCUAGCGAGGCCCGGUAUCCUCUUGUCCGAUGUCAUUGAUGGCAGGCUCGCAACACCUCAUGCCUCGAUAACUCUGCGUAACAGCGGUGUGCAGGAUAUCGAAAUAACCCGAGUUCGCGCUGCAAACGUUAGCACCAAUGUCAGCACCCUGUUUCCUUCCAUAGGAUUGGGCACGAAAAGUCAGAUGCUUGUAGCACGAGACACUGACGAUUUAACGUAUGAGCAGGGUACCAACGAUGCCGCCGAGAACGCCCAAGGCACCAGGAUUAUCAUUGCCGCAGGUCAGACUAGACCUAUUGCUUUCAAUGUCACGCUGCCCUCUCACAACGCUUCGUCGAUAGCCUACAGCAUCACGUACAAGGUCGUUGAUAGCAGCCAUCGCGCAAGUCUUGAGGUCACUCAAGAUCUCAAGCAUAUGUCUCCCUACGAGCCCCAUAAAAUGACCUUUAUACACCCAGGCGGCAUGGUAUCCUACGCUAUGCUUCGACCUCCAGCAAAGAAUGCCACUUGCCGCCACAAGCAAACAAAGCUGCCAGUCUUUUUAGAUAUGCAUGGCGCAGGCCUAGAGGCCGAUAGUACCGAGGUCACUGACGCCUUAGAUCCUGUCUCCGAUCUCUGCGCAUGGACAGUGUUUCCAACUGGCGUGACACCGUGGUCCGGCGACGACUGGCACAACUGGGGCUUUGCUGAUGUUGAAGCUGCUAUCGAGACCAUCCCCGACUGGAUCCAAUACGGCAACUGGGCAGGUCCGGAUGUCGAUACUGAUCGAUGGAUCGUCUCCGGCCAUUCGAAUGGUGGUCAGGGCACUUGGUAUGCUCUCACUCACCGCCCAGAUAAGGUGCUUGCUGCGAUCCCUUUAUCUGGCUAUUCAAGCAUCCAGAAGUACGUGUCUUACGAACUGUGGCAGCCUGCCGAUCCUAGACGUAUAUCCGUAGUCAGCGCAUCACUGAACAGUUACCGACACGAGAUGCUUAUGCCUAACGCCCGCGACAUCCCUAUUCAGCAGCAGCAUGGAGAGGUAGACGAUAACGUACCGGCAUACCAUUCUCGAUUCUUAGCCCAGCAAAUUCAUCUGACAGGUGGCAACUCAAGCUAUAAUGAGGUACCAGACCAGAACCAUUGGUGGGAUGGCAUCAUGACAACGCCAGAGCUAGUCGAUUUCUACCACAAUCAGACAAGAAGCACAGAAGAGUUGCCACGUGACAUGGAAGAGUUUAGCAUUGUGGUCGGGGAUCCUGGCGACAUGGGCAGCAAGGGCGGAGUCAAAGUCACACAGCUGGAAGACCCCGGACAAUACGGUAGGGUGUAUGUGCAAGGGCACACUGUGAAAACGUCAAACGUUUUGAGCAUCGAGUUCAGCCCUCCGUUCUGGAAGGGUGCGGUCAUAGUCGAUGGUCAAACACUAAAACUUGCAACCGACACUGCGAAAUCACACGCUCCAGUCAGCGCCCGAUUCUCCGACAACACCUGGAUUGUGGAAGCAGCCAGCACUGUAGAACAUUCAUCGUCCAGGCGAGGACGCCAGCUAGGCUCCAUGACUGCGUUAUUGCGCGCCCGAGGCCCGAUAAUCAUUCGACACCCAGGCACUGUUGAUACUCGUCACCUCGCUCUCCAGGUGUCCCGCAACCUUCACCAGUACUUCCGCGCUGAUACGAUUAUCGUAUCCAAUACCGCAAGGGCUACUUCUGCUAGUAGCGCGAAAAAUGCCAUAGUUCUUGUCCUUGGCGACAGCUUUGAAGGUGCCGUUUCAGACUUCCCCAUACAGAUAUCUGAAUCAGGAGUCUCUCUCCGUGAUAGUCGCGGGCGCGAGCAACAGUAUGACAACGCGCGUGGCGCUGCGUGGCUUCAGCCUCUGGAAGGCGAAAGUCUCGAGCUGGUUAUCUGGGGAGCUGAUGAUGAAGGUCUGAGGCAGGCUGCAAGACUAGUGCCAAUGCUAACGGGUGUGGGUCAGCCAGACUUCGUGGUGCUGGGUGAAGAAGCGAAGUGGAAGGGCAUCGAAGGUGCGCUGGCCAUGGGUUUUCUUGACUCGCAAUGGCAGGUCGCUGCAUCCAGUUUUGUGUCUUGA